GAACAGGGUGGGACACCUAAUUCCAGAGGCGCAUCCCCAUCUUCUUCGACUAAGGCUCUUCGCGAUAAGUUGGCCAUUAGGCUACCUUUGACGAUUAUCAUUAUUUUAUAGCUCGAACUUUCUUAUUCCACUUCCAGGCAUCUAGUUCGCCCAGUACUUCAGCUGUUGCACACUCCUUCAACGUCUAUAGCUGCAUUACUUGGCUUCAGCUGUCACGCCAGGCCCAGAAGCCGUGAGAGCAUUUUUUAUCACCCUAAGUACUCUUAGCUCACGGCCAUUUCUAUUCUUUACCCCUCUCGCCUGUUGCUGGAGAGAUGCUCACUUUAACGUGAAAAAGGUAUUGUGCGUCUAAGAUUCUUCUAAGGGCAACAGGGCUACUGUUUACCUCAUCUACCUCACCUACGUGCCACAACAGUCAGUCAGCGUCUAAUAUUUAUGAAGAAGGGACUGCAGCUGCUUCUGGAGAUGGUUGGCUGGACUGGGUCAAAAUUGCCGCCCUCGUCUUCGCGUGUUUCCUCCUCUGUUAUGGGUGAUUUGCCUCUCCUUUCUCCCCUCUAAGAGCUCCGCAGGAAGUCGAGACCUGCCGCCCGUUUUCGUACCGAUUGGGGCUUGUAGCUCUUUUUAAAUGUGAGACUUUUGCUGAGUUAACUUAGCUUUUCUUCCUUUUUGUUCUUUCUAGUGGGGCUGCUCUCUGCGGGGUCGAAUAGGGGCAGCUUUUUGCUUCUGAGAUUGAGAGGGCAGCCCGUGCAACUAAGUGAAGCUGCUGCAGGGAUGGGAUGGCACGCCGCCCCACCUGAUCGGCGGGCCUGCGUCGUCAUCGUUAUCCACCGCGCUACUUCUAGGCAAGCUGGGCCCGCUAAUGAUGUGGAACCGUGUAAGAGUGACAAGCAUUGGCUUACUUUGGCGUUGUCGUCAGCGUUAUGAGGUUGAAAGCGUAGCACGGUCGCCAAGAAGGGCGACACACCCGACAGGACCUUAACUUCUUUCACCAUAUUCGUUAAAUAGGGGGAGACUGAAAGAGCUAGAGCUAGAUCUAGAAAGGAAAAAAAUGGGGCGGAGGCGGACCUCUGCCGCCAGCAUUUUGAUGAGCGUAAGUGAAAGUGUGCUACUUAUCUCUGUGCAGCGGUGUCUCAUGGAUGUCCUGCUUACUCUUAUCUGUGUGCCUCUUGCCUAAGUACGCAUAUUUACAUUAAUAAGUUAAGAAGGGGCGUGGGAAUCCUCGGUGAUUUGCCUGCCUUAGAGGGGAGAAAAAGCAAUAUUUUUCAUUUCUGCUGUGUGGGCUGUUGUGCUCUUUAUGGCCAUGAUAGUUUCGGCGGAAGCAGUCAAGCUAGUGGUGGAAGUAGUAGUUCUGGGAGCAUUAGUGGUGGAAGCAGUAGCGGCGCUGACAGUCUUGACGUUACCACGGGUCCUAGUCAAGCUCCGCCGGGUCCUAGUCAGGGUCAGGCUCCACCGGGUCCUAGUCAAGCUCCAACGGGUUCUAGUCAAGCUGGCCCUCCGAGUCCGGAUUCUAGUGAAGCCGGCCGACCGGUCCCAGGCUUUGGGGCAGGCGAGGAAGAUGGUAGCCUUAUCGCCGGCGGCGAGCGGAUGCAGCCUCCUAGUGGCACGACUGAGGGAGAGGCCGAUGAAGAUAGCGCCGAAGAUGACGACUUGGAGGAAACAGGCGAGCAAGAUUCUUCAGGGAUACAAAAAACCAGGAGUAGUGCCCGCAGUAAAGCAAGAGGCAAAAUUAAGGCGCCGCCUAUGCAUCAAGCUACUUCUAUGCAUGUUUUGUAACAUGUGCAUAGUCAUGCUGUAAUGUGGCACCAUUGUACUAGCAUGUAAGCUAGUACUAUAUCAUCUAUGUAUAGUAGAGUAGUUUAUAGAACGGAUGUAGGAUGGACUUGGAUGGAUCGGAUGGACCCCCCUGAUUCUUCCGCUCCUACUUGAAAUGGUGGAAAGUCCAUCCGUUCCAUCCGAUCCAUCCCGUCCCGGAUUUGGCACCCCUAUAAACUGCUCUAGUAAAGUGCACGUAAGUAAUAGACAACGUUAGAUAUAGCACAUUAAAAAAGGGGCGGUGAUGAAUUUUUCCUCGUCUUAGGUUAGUCCCCCGCGCAACGCAAAUACAAAAGAAGUGAAUUACAAUUACUGAGAAUGGAAGGAGACGCUGACGAAGCGGGAAGGCCUUCGGCUCCAGUGAUCGAGAUGAGUCUGCUGCGGCGUUCUCGUCAUGCUCUCUCAUCUAUUGUGUGCAGUGCGCUAGUUACUUUUUGUUCUCAUCUUGUCGAUUAUCAUGAAUCUCUCGUCUGUGGGCUGCUAGCUAGUAUGGCUCCUUGAGCUCAUCACUACGGAUCAAACUGAGGACUCUCAUCCUGUGACGUGUCUCUCUGUGUAUGCCUGUCAGCUCUAAGCAGGAGAGUCCGUUAAAAAAGAAGAGGCGACAGACAAAGCGUAGGGCCACGACAAGGAGAAGGACAACCACGACAAGGGCCACCACGACAAGGGCCACCACGACAAGGGCCACUACUACGGGAAGAGGAGGAGGGACUCCCCGCAGGGGGACUCCGCGUCGAAGAGGAGCGGCUCGCCGCCCCGGUAGAGGAACCAGUCGCCGUGGCGCUACUAUGCGGUUAAGGCUACGCUACUAGAGAUAAAAACAAGUGGGCCCCCGGCUCCAAUGCUUCUGCUCGUCUUCCUUCGAAGAAAAAGAAAACUCUCCCGAAGAGAUAUCUUCCGGCAGCAGCAUGGCGUGGCCCACUAAGUGAGUAGAGGCAGGGCACGGGCACGCGCCAUUGUAGUCAGUUAAAGUGAGGAGCCACCAGGCACCAGCCGUGGCAUAGAAGCACUACUGCAAAUAGAGUCUAAAAAGAUGCUCUCCGAUAUGGCUGGAUACUUAUAGCAUUCCCCUCGCUCCUUAGGUUGGUCCCUCCAUCCAAAGUAUUGCAAGAGAUGCACGCCAACGGCUUUUUUUACUUAUAGAAUAGUUUGUUAUAGGGUAGAGCGCUAAUGUGUGUACGACGCCGCACCACCCGUGGACGCGGGACCACUCUUCGACUGCACACGACCGGACGUGGCACGACUCGGGGACCCUCCAAAAAGAAUUCAGCUGGAAGGGACACGGCCGUUGCUUUUAUUAUGAUCGGGCUUUCGAAUAUUUCGUCGUCGUCUUCUUGUUCAAGUUCAAAAGAAAGAGGUGCUCUCAAAGUGAUUCAUACUAAGUCAUCUUCCGAGUCCGAAGCUUGGAGGAUAUAGGUUUCCCCUGCCGAAGCAGGUGGGCUGAUUCUUAUCCUCUUAUCCUAUCAAUGAUAAAAAUAAUUUAGCUACUCCAUGUUCUUCUUGGAUUGGGGGCGCUAAUGGUGUCAAUUCUCCUACUGGUCCGCAGCCGCC